AUGAAGGUACCUUCGUUCAUAUCUUCGAAGCAAGGAGGCAACCAGACCAGGACACGAGACAAGGUAAAAUUCGCCGUUCAAGCGGUCUGCAAGCUGGGCGGCCUGAUUACGUUCACCGAGCCCAUCGGCGAGAUACCAGGCACCACGAACCGGGACGGCAACACCAACAGCCUGCGACCAGACAUCCGAGUCGACGGCCUGCGAGACACCGGCAUCACAAUCCUCGCAGACGUCUCCAUCACCCACAUCAUGGACUCGGCAGCCAACCACACGAGCCAACCACGACCCCGCCAAGGCAACUCGGCCCCCAAGAGCGAUCCCAUCAUGAAACGCGAGACUGAGAAGAACAACAAGUACAAGGUUGCGGCUGCAGCGGUGCAUAAGGAAUUCAUCCCGCUCGUGAUGGACACGUACGGACGGAUGGGCAAACCGUUCCUCAACCUCCUCAAAGACGUCGCCACACACACCGCCCACCGAGCCUCGGGCAACGUCAACGAGCGAACGCAAGCCAUCUACGACUCCAUCGACCCGCCGAACGAGCUCCGAAACCGAAUCCACCUCCGAAACCUCGCCCUCGUACACGUCGCGCUUAUCAUCUCGCUCAUGCAAAGGGUCGCCGGAUCGACAAUCACCAACGACCGCCAGCACGGCGCCCGUGGCGGAAUGUACGGAGCACACGAACACUACGUGCAGCCGUACCCGGUCAUUAAUUUCUAA